AUGUCGAGAAACAAGUGUUCUACGUUAUCAGAUGGAAUUGGUCGCGAAGCCGGUCGUCCCAACGCCGUUGAAAACCCGACAGACGGGUUAGGCACCGGUCCAUCAACCAGUGGCGUCGGUGGCAUCGUCGAUAUGAGACGCGGCCGUCGAUCGUCUCGAGGUCGCAGAUCAAGACGUAGGUCCAGUAGCCGCAGACGAAGGGGACGGUCAUCCAGGAGGUCACGGUCAGGGCGGAGACGGGUGGGUGGUGACGAAGACGAGCAGGACAGCGAUUCGGAUUAUACCGGCCAGGAACAGGCCGAAUACGACGACAGCGAAGAAACCCGCGACGCAUCUGGCCGUCGGAGAAGGGGUAGGAGGAGUAGAAGCCGGAAGGGCAGACGGUCGUCGUCAAGGAGUAGAAGCCAUCGGAGGAGUAGUCGGCGGCGUCGCCGUCCCCUGAGCGUUGCGGACGAAGAUGAUAUGAGCGUGAUCGUACAAAGGCAAAAUCUCGGGGGUUUGCCGUCCACCCCGUCGAAUUCACGGAAGCCACGAGGGGCCGUCGUCGUCGCAUCGGCAGCCGGAGGAAAAGAAGGUAGGCGGCGAACGCGUCCAUAG